ACUCUCUGCAAUAACUUCUGCGAUGAUAGACAUUGCUCUCGUCAAGAGACAAAAUUGUUAUUUCAGCAAUACUCGGGGCUUCAACCAAUAGAAGCAGUAACAUCACAUCGUCGAAUUUAGAAGAAAAUACUCAGAGGAAAAACAGGAUGCCGCGAUUCGCCAGUGUCCUCUGUCUGUCUCUAGUCUUGUGUGCCGCCGUCUCCCAUUCUUUCGGGCUCGUCCUUUCGCAGGCAAAGGAUAAACGGGGGUGGACAUUAAACAGUGCAGGAUACCUACUAGGACCACAUGCUGUGGACAAUCACCGAUCCUUAAGUGACAAGAAUGGCCUGGCUGGCAAACGUGAACUGCAGCUUGAAGAUGAAAUUAAGCGUGGUAACUUGCUACAAAACCUUGCUGAUGAAAGUGCUGCUCGCAUAGCCAUUGAAUUUCUUGUAUACUUGCAUCUAAAAGAGAUUGGGGCCCUUGACAAUCUGCCAUCACUAUUAUCAUCUGAAGUUCCCCAACCGUAGUUGGAGCAACUCGUCUGGAAUGUGAACUAUGGAAUCAGUGACUGCAGCCCAAUCUCUGCAGUGAACAAAUCAAAUAUAACUGAUAUCAGAAAUCUCAAUCAACUUCCAGUACCUUUGACUUAGUAUUAAGAUCAAUACUUUGUGAAAUUAAUUGCAUUCCCAAACUGAAAAGGUGAAAACUAAUAAAAUUAGCACCUGCAACAACUGUAUUUCACAGCUUAGAAUUUAUUUUCUCAAUUAAAUUUCCUCUGCAAAACAGCACUAAAGUAACUGAGAGGUCCAUAAGUAUCUAACUAUUGCUGUUAUUCUCUUAGCCCAUCAGUGUACCUUCAAUUACAACAAGAAAUGCUAACAGGUCGCUUCAUGCCUCAGUAAGAAGGACUUGCUGUAGCAACUAACCUAUAUUCCCAUAUUAAAUGGGCGUUUCAUUACAACAGUUACAUAAAUUCAAAGGGUUACAUGUGGAGUAGCAUAAUAGAAACAUUAGUCAGAGACAUGGUACAAUCCCUUUAUAUUGACACAUUAUUCAAUCUUUCACUGGAGGGGUAAUCAAAUGUCUUUCAGAAUAAUAUUAUGCCUUUAAUGUACAGGCAAAAUGUACAGUUGAUCUCAACACAGUCCCUUUGGUCAAUUUUCCCAAGUUUUUUCAUUGUCUCCUCCCACCUUGUGACCACCCAACAACCAAUCACAACAAAAUGAAUGUUCCUUCAGUUGAGUGAAAAAACAUUUCUGAAGACAAGACUGAAUAAAUGCAUUGUUUAAUCUUCUAAUGUGCUCUUAAUUAUCUGAAGCUACUAAAUCCAAUAAUUAAUCAUCUCCAUUGCUCUCAGCAUAGUGGGUGAUUAAUGUAUUUUUUAAAUUCUUCGCUGCUUCCUAAUUUGCCUUACCUAUGUAAUAUUAAUAUAACAUACCUAUAUAAUUGUGGGAAAAGAUCUGCUAACCCACGA